ACGCUUGACACUCAGAGGUGUAAGAGUUGGGUGUCACGUGAUCCCAUAUAUAGAACCCAGUAGAAUCGUUUUACUGCAGAUCAUCUUCUCCUGAAGGAAAAACAUGAAACCCUAUCUUCUCUUCUUGUUCGUUGUCAUCGGCGUUGCAGGUGUUAGUUAUGGGGCCGAAGAAGUACCCCAAGUGAUGUGCAGUGAGCCGAAAUGUGAUAAACCAGGAUGCAGUAUUAACUACAAUACCAAACCAUGUCCUAGCUGUGAAUGCAAUGAAAAACAUAAGGUAUCCUGUAAUAUGCCGAAAUGUGAUGGUCCUGGCUGUGAAAUAAAUUACAGCACUAAACCGUGUCCAUCCUGCUCAUGCAAAGACACAGAAACUGCUUACAAACAAUCUAGACAGAAAAGGCAAGUCCAGUGCAGCCCACCCAAUUGUGGCCGAGGUUGUCGCAUCAACUACCAAACAAGACCAUGUCCAAGUUGCUCAUGCAGACGAGGUCGAAGCGUGCGUUCAAAUCGCUGCUCACCUCCCAGGUGCGGAUCGGGAUGCCAAGUAGACUAUACUACAAAACCAUGUCCUACUUGUAAUUGUGGUCUGAGGGACAACUCAGAAUGUAGUCCCAUCAACUGUGUUGCUCCUUGUAGAAUGAACUACAAUACAAGACCAUGUCCCUCUUGCGUUUGCGACAAUCAGCCACAAAUCACCAAUCCAAAACAGCAGUGCUCUCCGCCCGUAUGCGAUGCCGGAUGCCAGGUGGACUAUACAGCAAGUCCAUGUCCUGUUUGCAAAUGCAAUGGAGGACCAGGCGAGUCGCAGUGCGGCUCCAUAAGGUGCGAUCGUGGUUGCAGAAUGAAUUACAACACGCGACCCUGCCCCAGUUGCGUCUGUAACAAUAGACCAUCCAGACCCGACCAGCUGAGACAGCAGUGCUCACCCCCUCUCUGCGAGGCUGGAUGCCAAGUUGACUACACGGCGCAGCCAUGCCCCGUAUGCAAAUGCAGCAGCUUCAUUCCAGAUGAGUCUCGGUGUGGGUCUCUGAGGUGUGAAAGCGGUUGCAGGAUGAAUUACAAUACGAGACCCUGUCCCAGCUGUGUUUGUGAUCGCAAUCCAGCUCAGCAGUUGCAGUGCGACCCUCCUCUGUGUGAGGCAGGCUGUAGCAUUGAUUACUCGGCUAAGCCAUGCCCAACCUGUAAAUGUGAUUAUGGAAUCGGAGAUGACUAUAUAAACCCUCAAACUAAUAGAUGCAGUCCUCCGAGAUGUGAUGCGGGUUGCACCAUAAAUUAUAACACAAGGCCCUGUCCAAGUUGUGAUUGCAGCGGAGGUGGAAGACACACCGGUGGCUCCAAUAUUCAGUGCAGCCCUCAAAAGUGUGGGUCAGGAUGCCGCCUUGAGACCAGAUACAGUGGAUGUCCAGAGUGCGUCUGCGGACGUCGUGGAUAAACAGCAACUGAUGUCUCAACUCCAUGAACGGCCAUGACUUAAACGAACGUACUUAAUUAAAACUUUUCACAAAAAGAGUGCUGUUAUUCUCUAGUUAUUUAUUACUAGUUUGAUGAGUGUUAAUAAAGAACUAUUUUAAUACUAAGGUAAUGACUGAUAAAUUGGAAAUCUAGAAAUAAAAAAAAUUUUUAACUA